AUGGCAACAAAACCAAAUAUUGUUAUUAUUGGUGGUGGAUAUGGUGGAAUAACCGUGGCCACAAAACUCGAAUCAGCCCUUCAUAAAACUCAUCAAAUCAUUCUUAUUGAACGUAAAACUUAUUUCUAUCAUUCUAUUGGAGGUCUUCGCGCUGUUGUUGAAGAUGGUUUUGAACAUAAAAUUAUAAUUCCUUAUAAUAACCUUUUUAAACAUGGAGGAAAAGUUGUACAUGCUACAGUUGAUGCCAUUCACGAAAAAGAGGUUACCGUUAACACCGAAACAGAAUUGGGAACUCAGAUACCAUUUGAAUUUUUGAUAAUUGCUACCGGUUCUAAUUACCCUAAACCUGGAAAGUUAAUUGCUGAUAAUAAAGAAGAAGGUGUUGUCGACUUAGUCACACAAAGAAACGCCGUAAAACAUGCAAAAAAAAUUUUGAUUAUUGGUGGAGGUCCCGUGGGAAUUGAACUUGCUGGAGAAAUUGCAACAGUUUACCGAAACAAAGAAAUUACGCUUAUUCAUUCAGAAAAUCAUUUACUUAAUGAAAAGUUUCCCCCAAAAAUGAGAGAUCUCCUUGCUAAACAAUUGAGGGAACUAAAUGUAAAACUUAUUUUUGGUGAACAGAUUAAUCUUUCAUCUUCAGGUAUUGGUGAUGGUUUGUCUCCCUUGACCUUGGAAACUGACAAGGUUAUUAUAUAG